AUGUCUGCGACGCUGGAUCGCAAUAUGCUCUACCGAUUGCUUGUCGGCCAACUUCGCCUCGACGGAUUUGACUCGCUGGCUGUGAAUCUCGCCAAGGCAGUCAAUCUCCACCCGUCGGUCGCUGCGACGCCAUCCUCGCGCCUGGAAUCGCUCAUCCAACUUGGUCUCAAGUCUCGUGUGGACGUCGAGCCUCGUGUGUGCGCGCAAUGGAUUGAGCUCACUGUCCUCUCGCGUUUGGCACGCACACAGGCUGAAGCGGCUGGCUUUGCAGGCGCGUCGGACGCCAACAAUAAUGGUGGAUUCGCCGCGGAUCGCGAUGGCGGCGCUGGUGCUGCAGAGUCGUCGAUGGGCGGCGGCCAGCUGCUUGAUUUCGAGCUCGAGCAGCCAACGGAUUUGCCUGCCAUGCCAGAGUUCUAUGUGACGUUCAGCGCAACACACAAAGGCCCGUGCACUGUCGCUGCAUUCAACUCGGAUGCGUCGCUGGUCGCAACAGGCUCUGCGGACACCGUUAUCAAGCUUUUGGAUGCCAACCGACUGUCAGGCGAACGCCAAGGAGAAGAAGACGACGAGCCUCGCACCAAGCGAACGUUUUACGAUCACGCAGCAGAUGUGACGGAUCUCGCCUUCCAUCCCACGAUGCCGUAUUUACUCUCUGGAUCCAAGGACGGCACGGUGAAACUCUUUAACUGCAACAAGCUGGGCAUCAAGCGCGCGUUCAAGUUUAUUCAAGACGCAAGUGCCAUCCGCUCGCUGUCUGUCCAUCCUUCUGGGCAGUUUGUGCUGGUCGGAACGGACGAGAAAGCGGUGCGCUUGUACGAUCUGGAAACCUUCCAGUGCUAUGUCGCAGCAAAUGCGGCAGAUCAUCACUUGUCCGGCAUUCACAAAGUCCAGUAUGCGGCCGAGUGUAACGUGUACGCCACGUGCAGCGGAGACGGAUCCAUCAAGGUCUGGGACACUGUUAGCAGUCGGUGUGUCCUCACAUUGCCGAAAGCACACGGCACCGACAUUGAGGUCACGUCAUUAGCCUUCUCAAAGAACGGAAAGUAUAUUGUCAGCGGCGGGAGCGACGGCUCCGUUCGGCUAUGGGACGUUGCCGCCGUGAAUGUGUUGCAAAACUACGAGGGCAGCCGCAACACUCAGCUGCCGACUCGCGUUGCUUUGAGUUACGACGAACGCUUUGUGUACGCGAACGAUGAAGCGACCGUUGGCAUGUUUGUGUGGGACGCGCGAUCUGGCGAGCGUGUACGAUCGCAUCCCGGAAAUCCAGUUCCAGGUCUUACCAGUCAAAUCCGAAACAUUGCUGCGCAUCCCGAGCGUCCCGGAUUUCUCGCCUGCUGCGAGGAUGGUCGUGCUCGUUUCUGGGGCGUUCGCGAGUAG